CACCACUAGAAGCCGGGUGGAGUUCACAAAGAGGGAAGAUCAAGAUGGUGCAGCAUCAGCCGCAGACGCAGCAACGUAGUUCUUUUCUCGACUUACUCUCCAAAGUCGUAUGCUGUGGCUUCGGGGAGCCGAACGAAAUAACGAAGAACGCCACCGGGAAGGAAGUCAAACCCACGUAUUUUCAUAUCGAGUACGUCAACCUUGCAGGAACGCCAAUCGGACCCACUGACACCGUCACAUUUGAAACCGGC